UCUUUUGAUUAUGGAGUAAUUAGUUGCCUUGUUUUGAACAUCAGGUUAUCCAGAAAUCGGUAAAAUUUUGAAGUUUAAAAGCAUAGUUGGAAUGAAGAAUAUGAAAAGAAAAAUGAUACGAUUUGAAAUUCAAUUAAAAAAAUCGUAGAUUCAGGGUGAAGUUAGAAAAUGGAAGAAAUGUGGAGUGUUAAUGAAGUUGGAUGUUGUCAAAGAUCCCGUUAAAGUAGUCACGUUGAUAGGAGAAGAUAGUUGCAAACCCAUUUUUGGAAAAUAAGAUAGACUCAAAGCUCAGUUUCCAUUUUCAUGGCCAUAUAGAAUCACCACUUUCUUGAGGCCAUCAAUAUCUUUUUAACAAAAGAAGAAACUAUGGCUCAGUUUACCAGAAAAAUUGUUCAUUUCAACUUUAAGCGUAGAAUUAAUCGCAGUGUUUUGAUUCUCAGACGUUGCAUCGGCUGUUUUUGGGAUAACAUUAUUAUAUGUUCCGUAGGAAAGCCCAUUCAGUAUCGGAUGUUGCCACAUGCGGUGCGACCCUCGCCGUCAACUCCGGCAGCCCCGCAGCCCAACGUGAAGCCAGUUUGUCAUUCCCAACAUCACCAUUUAGAUUCAGAUUUGGUUGCUUUGAAGAUCAGUCUUCUGGGUGAUUGCGAAACCGGAAAGACCAGUUUUCUGGAAAAAUAUGUGGGGGGCAUUGGAAAUGAGAAUGAACAGGGUGAUUUGCAGAGUGAAGGAUUGAAUUUGAUGGAUAAAACUUUAUUGGUAAGCGGGGCGCGCAUUUCAUACUCAAUGUGGGAAGUAGCAGGAGAUGAAAAAUCUUUGGAUCAUCUUCCUAAUGCCUGCAAGGACUCGGUGGCAAUUCUGUUUAUGUUUGAUCUAACUAGUCGCCGAACCUUGCAGAGUGUCAUAAACUGGUAUCAACAAGCAAGAAAAUAUAAUCAGACUGCAAUUCCAAUUUUGAUUGGUACCAAAUUUGACGAUUUCAUUCAGCUGCCUAUAGAUUUGCAAUGGACAAUCUCAAGUCAGGCAAGAGCAUAUGCCAAGGCCCUCAAUGCAACACUCUUCUUUUCAAGUGCAACCUACAACAUUAAUGUAAACAAGAUCUUCAAGUUCAUCACAGCAAAGCUGUUUGACAUACCAUGGGCAUUGGAGCGAAAUCUCAACAUUGGUGAGCCUAUUAUUGAUUUCUAGGGUUUGAUUUUGAGGAAAGAAGAAUUGGUUUGAUCAGGUCAAUCACCUGCUGGAAACUCUUAAAUUGUCAGUCCAGCAAAUAAGUUAUGAUGGAGAAAGGUUGCGGCUGUUCCAGCCCACAUCUCUGUUUAUGAAUAAUGUUUAUAUUGCUAAGCAAUUUUGGAGGAAGAUACAGAAAAACAUACAAAAAGGAGUUAAAUAUUUAUGCAUUUCAGUUUCUUCUGACAUCUGUUCAUUUCUUUAAAAAGGGGUGACUCCUUGGACAAUCAUAUAAAUACACCAUCAGCAA